AUGGCAGAAAGACGGAAAGAGAAGAAUGCGGCUGUGUAUCGCAGCGUCUCUUUCAAAAAGUUGGAGUCCUGGAGCGCCAACAGGAGUGAAGACCAGCAACACAAAUCAGAGGACCUGGAGGCUGCUGGCGUCGCCCUUCCCCCGCAGUCUACAAGGGCAGAACAGCCCUUGGCGACGCGUAAUGUCAGUGUGUCAAGGAAAGUUUCCAAAAUCUCUGCCACCACCGCCGGCCUCCUAACCGCAGAUCCAAGGAGAGGCUCCCCCACUCCUCUCUCCUCUAUUUCUCCAUCCAUCCGCCAGCUCACUGAGAAGUUCAGCAGCAGCGGCUCCGCCAGGGCGCACGGAGCCUCCCCGGGAAACGGCACGGAGGCAGCCCAGAGGAGCACCACUCUGCCCCGGGCAAAAAGCACCAGGAGGGACGGCUCGCUCACUCGUCAAUCGUUUCACGAAGACAGCGCGAGUGGAUAUUACCAGAUUACUGAGACAGCAAAGUGUCCCACAGAGACUAGAGUUCAGCGGCAAAAGUUUCACUCUGGCACCGACUCUGUCUCGGAGUCGGACUCAGAGAAGAAAAGUGAAAAAUGGAUUUGUUCACGGUUGUCAGCCGACGGCAGCAGUAACUCUGGUAAGAGAGAUUAUUCACAGAUCAAUGCAUGCCCUGAUCCCAGAAAGACUUUGACCACAAAUGAGGAGGACGAUGUUUCUACUAGUGGAGGGGCUCCACCAGCCUGCAAAUCUCACAGAAGUUAUUUCUCCACACACUAUGGUGACUUUAUUCCCCUUCACUCUGACAACUGGCCCAGUGUCACCAAAAUCAGACAGCUUUUUAGUGAGAGACAAAGCAAAGAUCCGCAGCAGCACAAGACAACCUGUGACACUUAUGAGAAUUUAAAAACAGCCUCCAGAGGCCAUCUAGACCAGCUUAGCCCCAAGGAGACUGGCUCUCUGUCGGACAGAAGUGACAAGCUGUCACCGAGCAGCUCUGCUAAUGAAGCCAGCAGCCUGUCCUUGUCUGAGAGGCGGCAGCACAGAGUUGGAACCCAAAGUCGAGCAAGCAGCAGCACUGCAGAGGAAAGAGAAAGCAGGUUUCAACACGGCAUGGACUUGUAUUCCAAAGCUGACCACCAGCAAUACUCAAAUGAUGAAGGAGCAGACAUAGAGACACCAAGUAAUAAUAAUAAUAAUAAUAAUAUUGUGUCUAGCAGCGCUAAUUUUCAAAGCAACAGCAGUGGCAGUAGCAGUUACAGUGCUAGUAGUCGCUAUCACAAAAUUAACCCAUCUUCAUACAGAGCUCAGAGUCCCAGGACUGGAGGAGAGGCUACCCGUGAGACCCUCAGGACCACCGGGUUGACAUCUGACCCCGACCCUGACCUUCAGCCCCCUCCUCCUGCCCCUUGGAGUUGUUCGGUGGGCCUAGCCAGCUCCUUCUGCUCCUCUCUUCAGCAGCCAACAGAGAGGGAGAGAAGGGAUAGACAGGGGGUCGGGCAGCCCAGGGAUAGUUUACAUUCCUCACAUAGCUCCUCCAGAGCGCCAGCCCCCUCCUCCUCCCCCUCCUCUGCUCCAGCUCCAGAUAAAGGCAUCGCCUCCUCCUCUACUGUAGCUCCCUCCCCUGAGCCAAGAGCCUCGGUCAGAGUUGCUUCUCCUCUCAGUGGCCGCUGGAGGUUUAGCUCCGGAGACGAAGAGGAGGAGCACAUCAGGAGAAGGAGAGGAGGUGGAGGAGGAGGUGCGGGUUGGAGUGCUCUCUCUGCCCCUGCCCCCUCCACCUCCUUCAGAGGAGAGAGGGGUCUCCCAGAACGAGGAGGAGGCUAUUUCUCUCGCAACAAGAAUGGCUGGUGGGGCAGUAAGGGCAUCGGUAGGUCCUCAGGCAGUGAGGAGGACAGUCCUGGUUCUCUAGGACCCCCUAGUCGAGACACAGUGCGUCGGCGCUCACUGAGGAAGAAGAAGAAGGUCAGUGGAGUUGCCCUAGCAACAGGCCGUGACAUUUAUGAUGAUCAUUAUGGCGAAUCAGAAGAUAGUGACAGUGACACGGUCUUGACCAUGGAGCACGUGGAGCGGCACCACCAGCAAAACACAGGGGGGGAAUUUCUGGGGACGGCAAUCCGUAACCGCAUGGCGAGAGAACCCACCACUGAUAAUUCCAGAACCAGGGCGCAGCAAUGGGAGCGCAUCACCUCACCAGUGACUCCCACAUCACUUCCUGGUGUGUCACGAGUGUCAAAGGUCAACAUUCCCCCAUUUGUUUCCAGUCCUGGCGAGUCACGAGGCAGCAGCCGAUACUCCAGCACAGAGACACUGAAGGAGGAGGACCAGGCUUGCUAUGCACACCGAACUGCAAAUGUGAUGUCUAACACAGGAGGAGUUGGAGGAAGCGCCCACAGAACUGUGAACCCCAGUGCAGCAUCCUCAUCAGUGCUGAGUAAAACUUACCAUGGGAACUUUACCAUGUACCGCUCCCCUAGCUUUGGGCAUGGGGAUAACUUUUCCCGUGCCCCUGUAAGGGUUCACCCAAAGAUUGUGCCUACAGUCACCCCAUUUCCCGCUGUACUUCCUAGAGAAGGGGGUGGGUCUGCAGGGGUCGGGGUAGGUGAGGCCAAGGUGUUUAGAAGGACACUGGGUGGGAGUGGUAUAGAUGAUAAAGAUAAGAACCGAAUAUCGAUGUCCAACCCAGAUAUCGCCUCUGAAACAAUGACGCUCCUCAGUUUCCUGAAAACCGACCUAUCAGAGCUCAGGGUACGGAAAACGGGUACUGGGGAUAGGUCCGGGGCUGUGGAGGGGUCAUCGAUGUACAAGGUGGGCUCACGGAGUCACUGUGGGACCCUUCUUCCUUCUGGUCGUCGCCCAUCACUAAAAGACUUGACCGCCACCCUCCGCCGUGCCAAAUCCUUCACUUACUCAGACCAGCCCACCAAGGCGGUGAGAUGUUACUUGACAAGUGGCGCCACCAAGAGGAGCUCCUCUGAACAACAGCUUGACUUGGAUGAUGGGAGGGAUGGAGGGAGGGUGUCAGACAGGGAAGUGGAGAGUGAUGGGGGCGACUUUAGGGUUGGGAGAGGAAGAACAGCAAGGGAUUACGGAUAUGCUGACGAGGAGGAGGUGAUGCCGACUCCAUUGCAGGACAGGUAUGUGCAGGAAGCUAGACAGGUCAUCCGAGAUAUCUGUCAGAUGAGUGCUAGGGAAGAAGACGAUGAUGUUGUUGAUGUUGACGUAAGGGGAAGCGAGGAUGGCACAGUGGAAGAGUACUUCCGAGUUAGAAAAACAAGGGACGGGAGGGAAAGAGAGGGAGUUAACACAAAGGAUGAAGCAGGGAGAGACAGAGAGGCAGAGUUUGAGAACAUGAGGGAGAUAGAUAAACAUGAGCGAGAGAGAGAGAGCAGGGAGAGGGAGAGGAGCGAAACAGACAGAGAAGGCGUGCAGUUGGAGAAGCUCGACGGCCGGGCUACAGAAUACAGAGAGAAGGGAAUGAGAGAGAACAGAGAAAGAGAGAAAGCCUUACUUAAGGGUGACUCUGAGGAAAGCAUGUUCUAUGACCGCUCUGUGGAUGAACUGUCAGGCCACGAGUCCAGUUUAACAGAUGAAGGGAUCGUGACAGAGCCAGAGACAGGUCCCAGUAACUCUUCCGAGAGGUCUUUUGUGGGGUCAGCAGGAGUUAAUUUGGGGUCACUAAUUGCUAGGGAUGUGCUAGGGCAGCCUGUCACUGUAUGGAAGCAAUCGGCUCUCCAUGAGGUGGAAGGAUUUAAAGAGGAAAGAGGACAGAAGACAGAGAACAGCGUGAGCCGCACAAAUCAAGUCAGUGUGCCCCCUCCUUCUCCUCUCCCAGCCCGUAGGGCUGAGAGUGAAAGCAUUAUUAUGGAAUCAAGCAGCACUGCUAGUAUCAACAAUGGUAACACUACCAGUGAGGAAAUCAGCACCAACAACACUGCACCCCAGGGCUCAGCAACCACAACAGGAGGAGGAGGAGGAGGUCUGGAGGCCCCUGCCACCCCCAGUGCUCUCCGCCGACGGCGCAAGUUCUCCCCGUCUGGUAAUAACAACACUGCCUCUGACUCGAGUAACGGCAGCAACGCAGAGUCAAUGACCGCAGCCACUGGUAAUGGAGAAUCCACAGUUUACCGCUCACUCAGCGACCCCAUGCCUCAGCGGCGCUGCUCAGUGGCUGAAGAAGGGACUAACAGUUUCUCCUCUGUGGACAGUAACCUUUUAGGAUCUCUGUCUGUCAAAGGGGGAGGAGUCCCACCAGAGCCCUCCUCGGUGGCUGCCCUCUCAGAAUGCAAGGGUAGUGUGGCCAGCGAUUUGUCAGUGUGCAGCGAUGGCGGUCUCCGUGAUGACAGUAUUCGUGACUACAGUGGUGUGAUCAGGAGCAUAGUGGCUGAGCCAGGGGCAAUGGACAGACUGAUGACAGAUGACCACGGCAAUGGAAAAGCUCCUAAGAAGAAAUCAUUUAGUGACCCCAGUCGCCGUAGCGAUGCCCCUUUACUUUCUCAGAAUGACCCUCAAUUCAAAGGUCAGUCCAACACUGAACCAAUCAGUGAGCUGGAUCAACCUGGCCAGAUACUACCCUCCAGCAGUGAGCCAAUCCUUAGUGAGCAGAGAGAGGAACUAUGGGAGCCAGAGGGAGAGCCUAAACACCCUUUGCCGACACAGCUGCAUCACUAUCACCAUGGAAACAGAAACAAAACAGUCAAGAAGCCUUGCUCCCUUCCCAGUACCCUACCCAGUAACCGCAGUGAUGAAGACGAUGCUCUAACAGAUCCAGGGGGAGAAGAGAGAGAAGAGGGGGGAAAGAGGUUUAACUUUGACCUCAAACUAGCUGAGGUUCUGUCUCCCAGAAUGGGCCGUCGGACCUCCAGGAAGCAUCCCAACAGGCUGGGCCCCCAGGUUUCCCCCCAUGAGGACCCCUUUGAACCCCAAGAGCUGGGUUUCGAGGAGCAGGAAGAUCUCAGCAGUGAAACCAACCUCACCCCCCCUCUUCCUCCACCCCACCAUUCAUCCAAACCCAAAACCAGACCCAAACACAUCCGCCACGCUAGCGAACCAGCCACCUUCAUUCCUAUAUCCCCACCUCACCAGCUACAGCCGCUCAAGGAGGGUUGCCUCGCCAUGCGGCCCACCCCCGAGCCCUCAAAUCAGUUUAAGCCUCCAGGAGAUGAGGCCCCCUCUCUGGAGGAUGUGACCAAAAGGUAUAUCCUAGCUCUGAGUACUCCUGACAGAGAAACCGAGGGCCCGGGGCCUCUGCCAGGGCCCGGGGAUGGAGCAGAGGGGUCAGUCUUGGCACCGGAGGGGCCCGCUGAAACCCGCACCACUGGAAUUAUGGAAGUUGGACCAACAAAGAAGGGUGAAGAUUCUCCAUCCAUCCCUGCCCCACAAAGGACCAAGCCCAGAGUGGACAUGAGAAGACAUGUGAUGAUGACCCUCCUGGACACAGAGCAGUCAUAUGUGGACUCACUACGUACACUCAUUCAGGGCUACAUGCGUCCUCUGAAGCAGCCGGACAGCGGCUCUAUCGUCGACCCGCUGCUGGUGGACGAGAUGUUCUACCAGAUCCCAGAGAUCCUGGAGCACCACGAGCACUUCCUGGAGCAGGUCACCGGCUGCGUCAACCAAUGGCAUGACAGGCAGACCGUCGGACACCUCCUCAUCCAAUCAUUCUCCAAAGAGGCUCUAGCAAAUAUUUAUUCAGCGUACAUAGACAACUUUCUCAAUGCCAAAGAUGCUGUGAGGAUCGCCAAGGAGGCCAAGCCAGCGUUCCACAAGUUUCUGGAGCAAAACAUGCGUGAGAACAAGGAGAAACAGGCCCUGGGUGAUCUGAUGAUUAAACCUGUGCAGAGGAUUCCUCGAUAUGAGCUGCUGGUGAAGGACUUGCUGAAACACACUCCGGAGGACCACCCAGACCACCAGUUCCUCCUGGACGCACAGAGGGACAUCAAGCGGUUGGCAGAGAAGAUCAAUAAGGGCCGUCGCUCGGCUGAGGAGGCGGAGAGGGAGGCCCGGGUCAUCCAGGAGAUCGAGGCCCACAUAGAGGGAGUCGAACAUAUUCUGAACCCCCAGAGGAAGUUCCUGAGACAGGAAAUGGUCAUGGAGGCGAAGACAGUGGGUGGCAAGAAGGACCGCUCUCUCUUCCUCUUUAGCGAUCUGAUUAUCUGCACCACACUCAAGAGGAAGUCCGGCUCCUUAAGACGCAGUUCCAUGAGCCUGUACUCUGCAGCGAGUGUGAUUGAUACUUCCAGUAAAUAUAAGUUUCUGUGGAAGUUGCCUUUAGAGGACGUGGAGAUGGUGAAGAGCUCCACCCAGGCAACCAACAAGGAGAGCAUCCAGAAGAUGAUUAGUCGAUUAGAUGAGGAUCUCAGCACACUGGGUCAGAUCAGCAAACUGUCCGAGACUCUCAGUUUCCCACACCAGUCCCUGGACGAAGUGAUAAAGGAUCUGAUGGCCUCGGUGCACAGGGAGCUGUCAGACAAGCAGUCUUUAGCCUUCAGCAUGACCUUCCUCCCCACCAAGCUGGAGCUGACCACCGCCUCGGCCGAGAGCAGCUUCGUGUUCGAGUUCAGCUCGCCCGACGCGCGCUCCAACUUCGAACAGGCCUUCGAGGAAGCCAAGAAGAAGCUAGCUAUGAACAAGGACCAGUGGGACCCAGAGUUCCUCAAGGCCAUCCCCAUAAUGAAGACACGCAGUGGAAUGCAGUUCUCCUGUGCCUCUCCCAGCCACAGCUGCCCUGACAGUGGCUGUGAGGUGUGGGUCUGUAACAGCGAUGGAUACGUAGGACAGGUGUGUCUGCUGAACAUCAAGGACGAGCCCACAGUCGAAGCUUGUAUUGCUGUCUGCUCUGCCAGGAUCAUCUGUAUUGCUGCUGUGCCAGGCCUCAAGGGGAGGGAUCGUGGAGCAGAGCCUUCACAUGCCCCGCCCCCUGGUGCAUCUGGCCACGCCCACUCCCAGCAGCAGCUCCAUAUAUCCAUAUCUCAUUCAUCACUGGAGCUGACGGAGCAGCCACGAGGAGCGGGGGCGGAGCUUGUUCCGUUUGACAGUGACGACACAGAUGACGAGGAUUCUCCCAGCCCCUCCUCCACCCUGCAGAGCCAAGCCAGUCAUUCCACCAUAUCGUCCAGCUAUGGCAACGAGGAGGGCCCAGGCUCAAAGGACAUGGCUACAGAGACCACCAGCAGCGAGGAGGAGCAGGAGUUCCCUGUGAGCAGCUCCUAUGGAGCUCCAGGGGUGUUGGGGGGUGUUGGAGGAGUUCGUACCCACACAGAGAGCCCCAUGGACGGCCGCGCCAUGCGUCGCUCCUCCCGGGGCUCGUUCACCAGGGCCAGCCUGGAGGACCUGCUCAGUAUCGACCCCGAGGCAUACCAGAGCUCAGUGUGGCUGGGCACGGAAGACGGAUGCAUCCAUGUGUAUCAGUCCUCAGACAACAUCCGCAACCGUAAAAACAGCAUGAAGAUGCAGCACUCAGCCUCCACUCUCUGUAUUCUAUAUUUGGACAACAAAGUGUUUGUGUCCCUGGCCAAUGGAGAGGUCAUCGUCUAUCAGAGGGAAGCAGGCAGCUUCUGGGACCCGCAGUCUUCUCAGACAUUAGUUCUGGGCACUCCCAGUAGCCCCGUCACCAAAAUGGUUCCUGUGGGAGGGAAGCUUUGGUGUGGGUCACAGAACAGAAUCCUCAUUAUCAACACUACUACACUGGUACAAGAGCACUGGUUCCAGGUGGGCACAGACAGCAGUCGGUGUGUGACGUGCAUGGUGGCGUACGGCCAGGGUGUGUGGCUGGCAUUGCAGGGCAGCGCCCAGGUCAGACUGUACCACGCUCAGACCUGGGAGAGCCUCACAGAGGUGGAUGUGGCACCUGCUGUGCACAAGAUGCUCGCUGGUUCAGAUGCGAUUAUCCGGCAGCACAAGGCAGCCUGUCUGAGAAUCACAGCACUGCUGGCCUGUAAGGAUCUGCUGUGGAUCGGCACAAGUGCAGGGGUGGUCCUCACCCUGGCUAUCCCAGCAGUGAGCUCAGGAACCGUGGCCAGCAUGCUGAAAUCUCCCCUGGCGCCAAUGGGCUCGGCUCACGGACACACGGGUCACGUCCGGUUCCUAACAUCAAUCGAACUGCCAGAAGGGUUUGACGUGAACUUCCCUCCUCAGCCAAGCGACUGCGCAGGCAACCAGUCCCAGUGCAGCAGCACAGCUGACGGGAGCCUCCAGAGACGAGACUCCAAGCGCCGCCGAGCUUCUGCCCACCUUCCCCCCAAGACAAAUCAGCUAGUCAUCUCUGGGGGCGACGGCUACGAGGACUUCAGACUGACCAAUAGCAGCGAGACAGUCGGGCGGGACGACAGCACCAACCACCUGCUGCUCUGGAGGGUCUGAGCCCACGGUCCUGGUCUGAAGUGUUUCGCCCAACCCAGCUGAGAACAGCACACAAGCCUUCUCCUUUUCCCCCUCUGACUCCUCACCUUUCAGUGGUGUUUUUUUUUUUUCUUUUUUUUUUUUUCGUCUUCUGCUCAGUCCGCUGGUCUCUAUGUGCAUAUGGGUGUCAGCUCCCUCCCUGGAGUAACUAAUGAAAAUCUUCACUUCAAAACAAGUUUCUUGUGUUACCAUGUUUCUGAUGGUGUGCUUUGUUCCUCACUGAGUGGUGUUCGUCCAUGUUUAUGUGUUUUUUUUGGCACUGGAUGUAUACUGCACACUCUUUGCGAGUAUUGUCCAGUCUAGAAAGGUGUUAUGAAACUCAGCCUUCACUGACAGAGAAACGGAAGACAAGAGAGAAACCUUUUAACGAUCACUCUUUCAAACUUUCUCAGUUGGACAUAUGGUGAGAAAAUAAGAGGACAAGAAUGAUGAAGGGAUGAAGAGAAAAUUGACAGAAAAGAGACUUGAACUCAGUAUGUCAUCGCACAUAAAGUUGAAUGGAAAAGAAAAAUGACUUUGAAGUGAACUGGGACAUGGGUUGAACCUGUAGUUGUGUUUAAUAUUCUCCUUUUUUGGACUUGGACAUCAGAUCUUCACUCCAUCAUCACUGCAUCUUAACCUAAACCACAGACAAACAACCUCCUGAUGGUCAGGGGGAAAAAAUCCCAUGAAAUUAUAGUAAUAUAUAUCUAUGAAUGAAAAAUUAAGUGAGAGGUUCCGACUUCGCCUGUAGUUUGUGACUGCGUCUCCCAACAGUUUUUUUGUGGCGUACAGACCAGUAAAAUCGUUUGUUUCAUAUUGCAAGGUUUUUUGCAGCCAGAGCCCAAGAUGAGCCCAGAGGUCGGGUUGACAUCUGCAAGCUUUUAAAGGAGAAAAAGAUAUGAGGAGGUGUCUUUCUCCCUAAAAGUGAUUGGCCAGCCUCAAGUCUGGAUAAUGAUGCCCUAACAGCAGGUCAGAGAUCAGAUCCUGCUGGCCCCAUUCUUUAACACUGUAGGGAUGAAAUAAUAUCUACUCCUCAAUCAAUGCUUAUGUAUGGGAAGACUGCUAGAAAACCCUUCCCCAUUCUUAUAUGGAGGGAGUAAAGAAGACUAUCAUUAAAGUGCAAUAUAUGGCAAGGGUACCUAACGAGAUUAUAGACACAUGCAUACAGUAACACACAUUUAAACACAGCCUUCACUCACUGAGUCAAAACACACAUCUCUCCAUUGCAUAAUGCAGAGACACACUUAUAUUUUUCCUCAGAUAAUCAUAAUAUAUCCUUUAAUUACUCGUAUUUUUAUACCGGCUUAAGAUGAUAUGAAACGAGAUGAGGCAGCGUCCCACUACUGGAGUUAAGUAGGAGAAAAAGUGCAUUGCAGACUUUCCUCUUAUAGAUAACUAUGCCAAAGUCUUGUAUUUGUAAAAGUCACAACAUUUAGGAGUCUGAAACUACUUUUUGUUGCCAAGAAAUUUCAGCCAAAACUCCCACUGGCUGGAAUUGUAUUUGUUGAGCAUCGUAUCAGGAAGGAAAAUCGGGAAACUAUUGAUGAUUUCAACAGCAGUCUUUUUCUAGAUGACGCAGGGCUGUGGUAGCAAAUAAAGAUACUUAUGUACAGUAUUUAUGGUUUUGAUUUUAGCUCCUCCUUUUGCAGCACUUAAUUUAUAGAUGAUGUAGCUUUCACUAUUUCUUGUGGAUUGAGGAACAGGAGGCCCCCCGACAUACAUGCCAGAGAAGUAGUAAGGUGCAGUUUGGCUUGGACAGACAGACACACACACACACACACACACACAUGCACACACAUGCACAUACAUAUACAAACACUAACUUUAAUAUUGAUGGCUAUAAUAAAGAUAGAUGUGUGUGUGUAUGGGUAAGUGAGAAGGGAGGGAGGUGGCGAGCGAGAAGGAUGUAGGUCAGAAGGACAAAUGUUGAGCAGCUGCACGUGCCUUUAGCAGGCUAGAAGUUAAGCCAUCACUCGCACAUACACGCACACACACACACACACACACACACACACACACACAGUGAAAAAUCAGCCGAUGUCUUUGAAGUGAAGGGUGACUGACUUAUACACACGCAUUAUACACUUAGCCAUCAGGCUUUGGGGUCAAGCUGUAAUUGCUUUUGAUCCCUCCUAGCCUUGAAAGCCUCACUGUACCUUUACCAACCAUCUGGGCGCUUCACCUCACCUUUCCCCACUUCCAAACGUACAGGCAUUAGGUUAACUCUCCCACUGUGAUAACGAGAGGGGCUAACAGCUAAGAGGAUUAGCUGGCCACUUUGAUAGCUGUUUGCUGCUAACUAGUUUGCAAGCUCCCUGCUCCCUGCACAGUAGCUGCAUGUGUUAAGUGGAAAGGCCUAUGUUUGUAUAUCUACAAGUGUUCGUUUAGUGUGAGAAAAGGACAGCUCCCAGUCUAUUUUGGGAUUUUCUGCCCACUAUGAAAGCAAAAUCCCAAUCAGCUGGUGGCCUGUGAAGGGUAUACAGAGCGCCGAUGAGACAUGUUAGCAAGGUCCUGUAACUUAGAGGUAGCAGAUACGUGUUUUUUAAAAUGUUGUGUAUGAUUCACUACACUGACGUAAUGUGUUCCCAGUGCCAAGAGCUUUCCUUGGGCAAGUUACCUAUGAAAAUAUACCUUUGCUGGCUGUACAGGACAAAGUAGACGUCCCUACAGGUUGGAAUGUAGCACAUUUUCUGUGAACAGUGAGAAGAUGUGGGUGUUGAAAGCGAUGUCUGUGUGUUAUCUCUGCCUAUGCCAGCAUCUCUGGGGCGCUGUGAGUCGGGCGCCAAAAUGGGUCGUGGGCGCCUUGCUGGUGGGUCCCUGGAAGACAAGAGUGCUAGUGUGUUUUUUUUUUUUUUACAAGCUGGGUCUCCGGGUCGAGCCAAAUUUCUGAGGGUCCCAUGUUAAAAUCGUUCUAUGAAAACCUGUGGCUGCUUGCUUGUGUUGACAGUAUGUAACUAAAACACAGCAAACUGCCACCAGGGUUGGAGGCAAAUAACUCUCAAUUAAGCAAAUUCAAGUAGUAGAUUUUCAUCACAAUCUGAACAUUUGCUAUUCAAAAAAAAAAUGUAAUUUACUCAGUAGUGGCAUUAAAACAAAGAAGAAAUGAUUGCUCAAUCAUUAACAGAUAAUGUAAGAAAAGAGAUGAAGUGACUCAGACUUGGCAUGGGUUUUCCACACACAAGCACACACUACAUCUUAGAUAUGAAGUAUAAAAAAACAAAACAAAACAAAAAAAAAGUCAUGCUGAAUUUACCACGACUGAGAGGGUUUGACAUGUUGUGUUAGCACCACAGUGAUCAUUUACAGUCAGCAAAUGGCAGAUGUUCGCUUCAUCGUAACCAUCACAUGAAACUCUAUUGCUAUCAUGCUAUCAUCACUGUAACUUUCAGUAACUUGUAAGUAACCUCUUUAUGCCCGUAUGUGAACGAAGUCUUUAUUGUUGUAAAUAUUGGUAUAUAUUGCCUUUUUUUUCUGUAAAUAGCGCACCCACGGUCCUCAAUUGUUGAUAUGAAUCUAAUUGCAUAUUUUUAUAUACUUGUGUAAGGUUUUGUUUUUGUUUGUAUUGUUUUUUUUUCCCCUCUGGCAUGCGCUGUCAGUCACAUUUAAAUUAUAACUGUCACAGAACUUUCUAGAAGAAGAAGAAGAAGAAGAAGAGAGAGAGACAAGAUGGCCUCUGCUGUCAUCAGAGCACCUGAAAGACAGAGUUUGGACGUAGCAGUUUUCAGUUGCGGCCAUUUUGGCACCACUGCCGCCGCCGCUGACGUGCAGAUGUGUGUGUGUGUUUUUCACCACAACUGUGUGAUGGAGGGUGUCGCUUCUUACUCACAGCCAGCGCCUCUCAGUUCCCGAAGCAACGUGAUGCAACCUGGUCCAAACCCUGUCUGACGGUGGCUGUGGUCGACACCUUGCAGUUGUCAUGGUUACAGUACUUCAGAGUUACUUCCUGUAUGUAGCUGUUCCUGUUUUGUCACUGUGGGUUCCUCUUUGUAAUUAAAUCAGUUCACUGGU